AAUGGGCUGCUCAUUUGCAUAAGGCCAUUAUUUGGGCUGUUCCCUUCCGCAUGUUGUCGUCAGUUGCAAUCGGCGGAACUCUUCUGUAUUGGAAUUUCCAAAUCAUGACUAGGUGAGAAAAGAAAUCAUGGAAGGACUACAUGUGGGUACAAGGGUGUGGCUUUGUGGAGAUGAUGAUUGGGUCCCUGCUGUGAUAAAAGAUAUUCAGGCAAAAGAAAUAAAAUUUCUGAGCGAAUAUGGCAAGGAAUACAGCUUUUCAAAGUCAGCCCUUGGCAGAGACCAAGUUGCAGCAAUGCAUAGCACAAGUGUUGAAGGUGUUGAUGAUAUGGCUAGGCUAGGAGAUCUUCAUGAAGCAUCGAUACUUUACAAUUUAUCCAAAAGAUACCAGAAGGAAACAAUAUAUACAUUUAUUGGUUCAAUCAUGGUGGCUGUUAAUCCGUAUAAGAUCAUUCCAGGCAUUUAUGACUAUGCUCAUAUGAAAUCUUACAAUAAUACCUACCUUGGUGAUCGACCACCUCACAUUUAUGCAAUUGCAAAUGAGGCCUAUUACUCUUUGUGGAGAAAAGGAGGCAACCAGUGUGUUCUCAUCAGUGGUGAGAGUGGUGCCGGAAAGACAGAGUCAACAAAACAUAUUCUACAGUAUUUAUCUGAUAUGAGCAAAAAUGCAGGAGGGUGUGAAGGGGGUCUCAAUGUCGAGGAAGCAAUUCUUCAAAGUAGCCCCAUUUUGGAAGCAUUUGGUAAUGCAAAAACCAUUUACAAUAACAAUUCCAGUAGAUUUGGAAAGUUUAUCAAGCUGAAUUUCACAACCAAAGGAAAUAUCCAAGGAGGACAAGUUGUUGACUAUUUGCUCGAGAAGAACAGAGUUGUUCGACAAAACCCUGACGAGAGGAACUUCCACAUUUUUUAUGCUUUGUUAGCGGGGGCAAGUGCAGAGCAAAGAGCCGACAUGUGCCUUUAUAAUGCAAAUGGCUACUAUUACCUCAAACAAAGUGGUUGCACCAGCGACCCAACAAUCGACGAUAAGCAGGACUUCCUUAAUGUUAUGAAUGCAAUGCGGACUGUUGGAUUGUCAGAUUCUUCCAUCAACGACGUUCUACACGUGCUUGCUGGAAUUUUGAUGCUUGGAAAUAUCGAGUUCGUUUCAACGGGUGGAGCUCAAGUCAGAGACAAAAGUGUUUUGGAGAAUGCAGCUAAUCUACUGCAGCUAGAUUCGUACCAACUCAACGAUUCCUUGACGCAGAAGUCGAUGAUUCUCAGGGGUGAAGAGAUCCUCAGUCCUUUGACGGUGGAGCAAGCAGCAGACUCAAGAGAUUCGGCCGCCAUGUCUCUGUAUUCGGCGCUUUUCAAGUAUUUGUUGAAAAUGAUAAACAAGAGCAUUAAGGGGACGAGUGAUCAUCUCUUUAUUGGCGUGCUUGAUAUUUUUGGAUUCGAAAAUUUCAAGAUCAACCGUUUCGAGCAGUUCAACAUCAACUUUGCAAACGAAAAGCUACAAGAAUACUUCAACAAGCACAUAUUUUCCUUGGAACAGCUGGAGUAUAAUCGCGAAGGACUAGAAUGGGUGGAUAUUGAUUGGAAUGAUAAUGGCGAAUGCCUUGAUCUUGUUGAAAGAAAACUUGGCAUUUUGUCUUUGAUCGACGAAGAAAGUCAUUUCCCAAAAGGAACUGACAAAUCGCUCCUUAGUAAGCUUCACGAUAACCAUGCUGACAAUCUGUUCUAUGUGAAGCCUCGUGUUAUGAACGGACGAUUUGGAAUCAGACAUUAUGCUGGAGAGGUAUUCUACGAAGUCACGGGUUUCCUUUUAAAAAACCGGGAUACUUUACGAGACGAUUUGCUGAACACUUUGAAAGAAAGCAGGUCCGAUUUUGUUUAUGACAUCCUCGAGCCAUUGAAAGUAAUUGGAGGUGAAGGUGGAACAAGAUCAAAGGGAAGAAAAAAAGCAACUGUCAGUUCUCAAUUUAAGGAUUCUUUGUUUUCACUGAUGACGUCAUUAAAUGCAGCAAAUCCCUAUUUUGUUCGAUGCAUCAAACCAAACAGUGAAAAGGUGAUGAACCGGUUUGAGCCAGAGCUUGUCUUAAAUCAGCUCAAAUAUAGCGGUAUGCUGGAAACAGUGAAAAUAAGAAAAGCCGGAUUCCCGGUUCGAAGAACAUACCAAGACUUCAGCAAAAGGUACAAGUCGCUGUACUUCAAGAAAACUGCAGCUGAUCAGGAUCCAAAAGAGAUUUGUAUUUUUGUUCUCAAACAGAUGGACUUGAAGGCUGAGCUUCAUAAACUUGGAAAGACGAAGGUUUUCUUGAAAGACCAGCUAGAAUGUCAGCUUGAGUUAGAGAGGACCAAGUGCAUGAAAGUAGUCGCAGAAGUUAUUAACAACCGAAUAUGGAGUUAUUGCAUUCGCAAAAAGUAUUUGAGAAUCAGGGCAGCAAUAAUAACGAUUCAGAAGGUUUACAAAUGCCAUCUGUAUCGUGCAAGAUUCAUCAAGAAACGCAAGGCAGCGAUUGUCAUACAAAAGUAUGAACGGGGACGUAAAUCUAGGGUGCUAUAUCGGAAAAUGUUGGAGGAGAAGCGACUUGAAGAAGAACGGAGGCGCGAAGAGGAAAGAAGAAAGGAAGAAGAGCGUAGAAAGGAAAUGGAACGACUUGAGCAGGAAGCUAAGAUGAAAGAACUGGAGGAACUAAGACAGAAACAAGAGGAAGAAGAGCGAGAGAAGAAAGAAGCUGAAGAAGCUAGACGUCGUUUAGAGGAAGAGGAGAGGCUGGCUGCACUUGCAAAAGCAAGGGAGCUGGAAGAGCAGAGAAGACUGGAUGAAAAAGAACAUAUGCGCCAGUUGGAGGAGGAGCGGAUCCGACAGGCAGAGGAAGAAAUCAGACUUAAGGAAGAAGAACUUGAAAGGCUACACCAAGCAGAGGCUGAAAGGCUUGAAAAGGAGGCUGAAGAAGCUGCUAUAGCAGAAAUGGCUGAAUUAGAUGAACAACUCAAGAUGGAGGACAUGCGUGAUAUAGAUGAAGACGAGGAUUAUGACGACGAGGCACUGAAAGUAGAGGCAACUGAAGAUAUGUCUAUGAUGGACAAUCUGAUUAUUGAAGGCUACCUUAUGAUGCAAGGUGGUUUAAUGAGUACAUGGAAGAAACACUGGUGUGUGCUGAAAGAUGAUACAUUGAUGUGGUUUAGAGGAAAACAGAAAGCCUUAAAAAUGGGAUGGUUGACCAAAAAAGGCGGUGGUACCGGAACCUUAUCAAGGCGCAACUGGAAGAAGCGCUGGUUUGUUUUGAAAGAUACGAUGCUCACAUACCACGACUCCGAUCAAGACAGCGCAAAAACAUUGGGGACAUUGGACCUGCGACUUUGCAAGACUAUUAUGGACAGUGGACAAAGAGAGAAUGCAUUUAGCAUAGUCAUGCCAGACAGAACAUACCACAUUGUAUCGGAAAAUGCCCAAGACUGGAAUGAGUGGUUCAGUGUGCUGAACAGAGUACAGCGGGCGAGUGACUCGGAGCUCAAGGAGAUGAAGGAAGAAUCAGCCAAUAUCAAAAAUGCAGUGGGCACCGUUGACACUGCCAUUAUCGAGUCAGUUAAUUGUGAUAUCUCUGAUAAACCAGACUGUUUCAACAUCAUAACAGCUAACAGAGUAUACAGUUUUAUGGCCGAUACACCAAAAGAAGCUCGUGAUUGGGUGCAAGCUGUCGAGGAGUCUAAAGAAAGGCAACAGGAAGAAGGUGCAACUAUCGCCAUUGAAAAAGGCUGGUUGUUACGAACAACACAAGGAGAUGGAGCACGGCCUAAAAACAGAUGGUUUAUACUCACAAGUAACUCUUUGGAUAUCUACAAGUCACCUGAGAAGAAUUCGGCCAAGCUUAGCUCGAUAAUUUUAAACAGCUUAUGCACUGUCGUUCUCCCGCCUAUGCCGGACGAUCCAAAAGCGCGAGAAGCCGGGCAAUGGGACUUCGUUGUGAAUGGAAGAAAACGAUCUUAUAAUUUGACAGCAGGAUCACAUGCCGAUGCAAUCAGAUGGGUUUCAGCCAUCCAAGAGGUGAUUGACAACAAACCUUCUAAGGAGACACCAUUUGGCAAAUUGAUCAGUGAUCUUUUGAAUGCAAACAGUGACACGUUACUGGAAAGAAUUUACAGAGUGAAUCCAAUCCUGAGCUAUACAAAGCUUCCCUUGAAGAUGCCGCUGUUGCCUUUACCGUAUGGCCAUUGUCAAUCUCAAAGAGCCAAGGGCAAAAAUUAUGGAACCUACUACGAGGAAGCCGUUCGAAUCUUUACGUCAUUGCAAGAGCUGGAAAAUGUGGCAGAUCCUAUUGCUGUUACACAAGGGAUUUUACAAACCUGCCAUGACAUGAAAGCUCUCAGAGACGAGAUAUACUGUCACCUUAUCAAGCAAACUACGGGAAUUGAGGAUCCUGACUCGGUUAGCAGUCUGCGAUAUGUGCAAGUCCUCGUCUGCAUGUGCUGCACGUUCCUGCCAUCAAGAAAGUAUUUGAGAUACCUAAGGUUCCAUCUGAAACGUUGUCGAGAAAAGUUCCCGGAUUCUGAGUUUACGAAGUUUGCAGUUUUUGCUCUUGAUAGCUUGAAAAGAACCAGAAGUAGAGAAUUCCCUCCGUCGCGUGAAGAAAUCAUUACUUUACUGGGCCGUCGUGAGCUGUCUGCUACUGUGCACUGUUACGGUGGAGGCAGUUGUAAGAUAACGGUCAAUUCUGCAACCACAGCUGGAGAGGUUGUUAAAAGGCUCUGUAAAGGACUUGGGGUGUCGAACGAGCACUGCGUGUUUGCCUUGUUCGAGCAGUGUGGUACCAUCGAGAAAAAUAUCGAAGAUCGCUGUAUUUUAGCAGACGUCCUAGCAAAGUUUGAAAGAUAUCGAUCUCUUGGUAUCAAAGAAGGAAAAAACAAAUGGAGGCUGUUUUUCAAGAUUUUCUGCUUUCUGCAUCCGGAUAAAGUAGCAGAGGAUUCAGUUGAAGGGUCUUUCCUUUUUGAACAGACCAAUGAAAACUUGGUUCGUGGCAAAUACCCGUUACCAGAAACAACGCUUUGCAAACUGGCAGCUCUGCGACUGCAGUGGACCAAUGGUGACUACCAAAUUGGUCAAUGGAUAGAUGACAAAGAUAUAGCUGGUGUAUACCCUGUUGGGAAAAUUGCAAAGCCUAUCUUACCAGCAAAAGCACUUCUUAAACAGCAAAAGCCAAUGGGUUCUUUCAAGGGCUCAAUCAGAAAAGUCAUGUCUCCACUCUUUUCAAAUGACACCGAUCAAAAUGAAAACGAAGAACCGAAAGUGAAUGUAGAGGAAGAAUUAUCUGCCAUCAAAGGCUCAAUUGUUGAUAACUGGAAAAAACUUACCGGUUUCAGCUCUGAGGAGGCGCAAGAGGAAUACAUGCAGAUAGUCAAAGGUUGGGCAGGUUUUGGUGCCACGAUGUUUGAUGUAACUACACGAGAUCCAACAUUGCCGCCUGAGCUAUGGCUCUCUGUUGGGUUUAGAAAUGUUUCCAUUUACCAGAGAGGUGAUUCAAGACCAAUGACGUCAUACAGUUACGAAGACAUAUUAUCUUUUGGAGCACCCCAGCCGAAUAGAUACAAAAUCGUUGUGGAAGGCAGAGACCCCAUUGUAUUUGAAACAGAGGCGGUCAUAGAGGUAGCCAAGCUUAUGAAAGCUUAUAUCAACGAAAUUGUGAGAAAUGCACGACGGAAGAGCCAAGUGUUACGACAGAGCCUUAAAAUGAUUAAAGACGAAAGUCCGCCGCAAAGUCCUACUUGACUAUGAUUAUGAAUAGAGUCACGGUAGAAAGUAAUCACAUGAUCACGUUGAUAAGCAAAUGAGCAAGUGACAUAUUUUUAGUUUGGAGUAAGAGAAAACGCACUUGAAGAAAAGAACUAAAUCAUUCACUAAUACCGUAUCGAUAACCAAAAGAUAAAACAGACUGUGAUAAACCUUUAAUCCUCCACGUAUGACGAAAUGCCUUAGUGUAAUGCCUAGAAUUGCAAAACAGGAUAACUUUAUAAUUGUGUUUUUAUUAAGCAUGUGAGUUGUUUAUUAAUGUUAUAUAUUAAUGUAUGAUAUUGGUCGUCAAUAUGUGGAUACUUUUUAUUUACGAAUCCCAAAUUAUCGUUGGAUAUUAUAGAAAAUAUUUGGUUACGUUACCAGACUAUUUGAUGACAUUGGCAUUAAUUUUCCAAGAUCUCAAACCUAUCAGGCUUAGCUUUCUUGAUCAAAUUAGGAAUGCGUGACUUUAGAUUGCACUGGCAACAAAGAUUUAUUUCUUGUCAAAUUAAGUUUUUUUGUGGCGGUGAAAGCUGGUUGAAAAAUUUGCUACAAUUGUUUUAUGUUCCCUGGCUUUAUGUUCCAAGUCUCUUUAGUAGAGGUUUGACUCUAUGUUUAUAGAGAUAGUUCGUCUGGAUACUCUGCACGAUCGGCAGCUGCACGGGAUACUCUUACUUAGACCGGUGGCCAUAAGAUCCUUAUUCACUAGAUCAAAAUAGUCAUAAAGAGUUAUAUAUUUCAUAUCACGGUAUCACAAAGAGAUUCCUUAUUCCGUGCUUAUUGUAAUUCAGAUUUUCCCCAGAGAUCCUUUAUUUCCAAUCACGUGCACAUAAUGGAUUCCAAAAAAUUAUGUCGUCACACUGUAUAAGAUUUCUUUGUAUCUUAUGAUUAAAUUGGAAGAUACUCGAGUCACCAACAGAAAAGUUGCCUUAGUGAUCCUUUUGACUUCUAAGAUAUUUCUAUUGUAUUUUCAUUGAUACAGGAUUUUGCUUAUUUUUAUAGAAAUUCCCUAGUGGAGUAUGUAUCAUGUUGAGUGUAGUUUUGUAUUUUCUUGACCUAAAGAAAUUAAACUUAAAUUCCCCA